AUGUCUUCUUCGUUAUACCGUACCUUAAAGAACGUUUGGACCAACGGUCUCAAGAGAUCUGGUAGACAGAUUGCCUCCAUGAACGAUACCAAGAGAGGUACCUUUGUCGGUAUGGACAAGAGCGGUAACAUGUUCUAUGAAACCGACGCUCCUGAGGAAAUUCACAUGAGAACCAGAUGGGUCGAAUACAAGGACUUCUGGACCCCGGACAUGUCCCAAGUUGAACCAGGCUGGCACUACUGGUUGGGCUAUGGUACCAACACCCCUCCAAACAAGUUGCAGGCCGUUGCCCCAGCCGGUGAGAUCCACGCGCUCUCCGUCAGAGCCUACCCAAUGCCAGACUACGUUGAAAUCAACCGGUCAUGUACCAAGGGGGCCUAUAUUCCUUACAACACGGCCAAGCCAAAGUGCAACUCUUGGGUCCCUCAGGUUUCCGCCAGACAGUAG